GAAAAACCAAAACAAUGAAAAAAAAAAAAAAAAGGUGAAAAAGACGGAAUUUUAAAAACAUUCCUUUUUUUUCUUUUUCCAACUUAAUAAAAAAAUUCCAUGAAAAAAGGACAAUAAUACAUGGCCACAACGCGACUUGACUAUCGCGAUACGAAAGAACCGACAGCUGUUUGUGUGUAUACCAUAUCGCAGGAAUCACGGUAUCUUCUUAUCAAAAACGUGCCCCGUCUGGGACUAGAACAAGAAUUACUCCAUCGAUGUCGAGCAAUGGGAGAUGUCGAAGAACAUGCAUUGUUGAAUCCACAGACACCCUCCUCGGAAAGCAGUGAUGCCACAGACACUUAUUGGAUCAAGUAUAAAAAUAUUACUUUUGCUCGAUUAGCGAAAAGGAAGCUAGAUGAUAAGCCGUUCUAUUCCAGCCUGCUAAAAGUAGUUUAUGCACCAGAAUAUGAAACCUUUGACGAUAUAAGACAGAAAUUUCAAAAUAGGGCAGAGGCGGUCCACCAACGAUUACUUAAGCUUCACAAAGAAAAAUAUGCAUUUCGAAGAAACAAGAGACCACGAGAAAGUAGUGAACAAAGAAAAGAGGAAGCCCCAUCCAACAUCUAUGGUCCUUUUUUGUCAAAUAACGAGAGAAUGGAUUCGACAGUGAAUUCAACUGGUUCCAAGGACGGGGAUCGAAAAAGGCGCAGAAGGAUUUGACGUACAUUUUGAGAAAAUAAUUCAAUAGCCGCAGCCCCGAUGAUGGGAUGAAGGGUGGAGAAGAAAAUUCCAUGCCUGGCCUAAGCGAAGGUUUUUUUCUUUUCUUUAGUGGAAAUAAAAAAAAA